AUGACAUAUACCCCUCGGUUCAUACUCAACUUUCUAAUAUGCCUGAUACUCCCCCUCCUAGCUUCAGCUGGAGAUCCAGAGGUGACGGUCACUCGGAUAGAAAACCUACCCAACCGACUGUUCUACUUCGAUGAUACUCCAGUCGUCCUCUUCCAUGAUCCCGUACGACUCGCAGUCAUGCGAUCGCCUGACGAGGGUAAAACCUGGUCACCGAUCAGCGGUCCUCAAGAAGGUGAAGCGGUUCGCCUUAUCGAUCAUCCUCAUAACAACAAGAUGGCUUUCAUAAUCGGAAGAGAUACAACUCACUGGGUCACCUACAACCAAGGAGACAGUUGGCAGUCUUUCGAAACACCUCGAGAAGCAAGCCUCGGUGCCUCCAUGCUAUCGUUCCAUGCGGAGCAAGAUGGGUGGAUCCUUUUCCAAGGACGUGCAUGCGAAGAUACUGGUCUAGGUAAAUGGGGAGGUGGUAAAUCCUGCUGGGACGAAACAUACUAUACACAAGAUGCUUUCCGGUCUCCUGCCAAACUCUUACUCGCCCAAACAUCCCAAUGCCUGUUCGCCCGAUCUUCCCCUGCUUUCGUCAACGCUCCCGAGUCCCUCAUCUUCUGCGUCGCCUUCGAUUCUAGCAACAAGCCCGGAGGUGGUGGAAUGCAUAGCUACAAGGAGAGCAGGCUAUAUUCGUCCGAAGAUUGGUACGAGAAUAAGAAGUUUGUCGAUUUAGGUAUAGGGAAAAGAGCUCGGGGAGUGGUCGGUUUAGGGGUGGUAUCGAAAUUCAUGGUAGCAGCGUUGAAGGUAUCUGAGGGAGAAGGAGCAAAGAGAGCAGGCGGAGAUCCAAUCGAAGGCACCUACUUCGUGGAAGCGUUACCAGAUACCAACCGAAACGACUACGGUAUUGUAGAUUUCGAGCAACUGGUCGGUCUAGAGGGAGUCGGCAUUGCCAAUGUUGUGUCUAACCGAGAAGAGGUUGUAGGAUGGGGAGAGGCUAAGAAGAUUAAGAGUAAAAUCACGUAUGAUGAUGUCACCUUAAUGUUUGACAAGGCUAAUUUUCAGGAAUCUUGCUCUCUUCACGUGCACUCCGUCACUACCCCUCAUAACAUCGGUCGAGUCUUCUCAUCCACCGCUCCCGGUUACGUCAUGGCUGUUGGCUCUGUCGGCGAUAGCCUGCUUCCCUACGAAGACUGUGAUACCUUUUUGUCCACUGACGCCGGUCUCACUUGGAAAAUGGUUCAAGAAGGUGCCCACAAGUACGAGUUCGGAGAUCAGGGGAGUGUACUGGUCAUCGUCGAUGACGAAGAACCGACCGAUAAUGUCAAAUACUCUUACGACGGCGGUGCUACUUGGUCCCAACUCGACCUCGGUGUCACCGUCCGAGGACUGGUCCUCACCACCAUUCCUGACUCCACAUCCCAGAAAUUUCUACUCAUCGGUACCCUCCCUCGUCGAGACUCUGGCAAAGGUGGUCGACAUGCUCUCAUCUUCCUCGAUUUUGCUCCAGUUCAAACUCGGCAAUGCACCAAUUCCGACUUUGAAAGAUGGUACGCUCGAAGCGAAGAAGGCAAGGAAUGUCUUAUGGGUCAUAAGCAAUGGUAUCAAAGGCGAAAGCUCGAUGCUCAAUGUUACGUCGGUCACAAAUUCGAAGAUCCUAUCGGUCAUGAGGAAAAUUGUGCUUGUACCGAUGACGAUUACGAGUGCGACUUCAACUACGUCCGUCAAGAUGGUGAAUGUGUCCCGGUCGGUCCUGAACCUGUCCCUGCUGGUACUUGCAAUAAGGCAGAUGAUCGGUAUUUAGGCUCAUCUGGGUACCGAAAAAUUCCCGGUAACACUUGCGAGAAUAGAUCUGACAAAGCUAAGGACAGCCCUAUUAUGAAGGAUUGUUCCGCUGCGAGACCCAAGGAAGGGAAAGUUUCUCAUGUCACCCAUGAAUUUGGCUCGGUCAUCACUCAACACCAGUAUUUCCCUGGAUCCCAAUCAAUACUUCUUCAACUCAGCGAUGGUACGGUCUGGCAAUCGAGCAACGAAGGUUUCUCUUGGAAGCAGCUUUACGAGAAAGAGGCUUUCCUGGGCGUAACCAUGCACUCGUUUGCGAACGAACGAGCGUACCUCCUCACCGACUCUAAGCGUAUAUACCAUACCACAGACUAUGGCCGCUCUUGGAAUGUCAUUACUGCGCCUGAGGUGCCCAAUAACCUGGGCAUACCCAUCCUCGACUUCCACCCGACCAAGUCCGACUGGCUCAUUUAUACCGGUGCGAUCAACUGUGCUGAUACAUUAUCGACCAAUUGUCGAGCUGUAGCAUACUACUCCACUGACCAUGGACGACGAUGGAAGAAGAUCGAGGAAUACGUGCGUAAUUGCGCUUGGGCUAGAGAUGCUAGACUCAAGAUCGAUGAAAGAGAGAUCAUCUGCGAAUCGUACAAGAACAAGAAGGGCUCGCAAUUAGGCGGAGAUUACAACCCCCUUGAACUGAUCGCUGGUGCGAAUUACUAUUCCAAGAAGAUUAAGCUCUUUGAUGCGGUAGUUGGUUUUGCUAGUUUUUCGGAAUAUCUCUUGGUUGCUCAGCUCAACGAGAUGGCCGGCACCCUAUCCCUUCAAGUCUCUCUCGAUGGCUAUCACUUCUCAGAAGGACAAUUCCCUCCUUCCAUGAAGAUCGAGAAUCGAGCAUAUACUAUCCUCGAGAGUAACACCGAUUCGGUAUUCUUGCAUGUCACUAUGAACUCGGACACUAGCAAAGAAUGGGGUAGCAUCUUCAAAUCCAACUCCAACGGUACUUACUACAAUCUCGCUGUCGAAUAUGUCAACCGAAACACCGCUGGAUAUGUUGACUUUGAGAAGAUGCUGGGCCUUGACGGAAUCGCCGUGAUCAAUAUCGUUGCCAAUCCCAAAGAAGCAGAUAUUUCAGGAAAGAAGAAACUGCAAACUCGAAUCACGCAUAAUGAUGGAGGUACUUGGAAACCUAUGAACCCUCCACCAAAAGAUUCGCUCGGUCAAGAGUAUGACUGUACAUCCACAUCCUGCUCAUUGCAAAUACACGGCUACACCGAGAGGCGAGAUCCCAAAGCCACGUACAGUAGUCCUUCAGCUGUCGGUCUGAUGCUUGCUGUUGGCAAUGUUGGUGAAGAACUGGCACCAUAUACCGACUCGGAUGUCUUCUUGACUCGAGAUGGUGGUUUCACCUGGGAAGAAGUGCACAAAGAUGCUCAUAUAUGGGAAUUUGGUGAUUCUGGAUCUAUCCUGGUUCUGGUCAAUGACGAAGAGGCUACGGAUCACAUAUUGUACACCACCGACGAAGGACUGACAUGGCAAGAAUACGCUUUUGGUCAAACCCUUAGAAUCAAGACUAUACAAACUGUUCCAGAUGAUACCAGCCGGCGAUUCCUGCUUAUUGGUAACGUGCCUGGACAAGGCGAAAAAUCGAUCCUUGUCCACCUCGACUUUUCCGCUAUCACGAACAUCAAAUGCGAGCUUAGCAUCGAGGAUCCCAAUCAUGAUGAUUUCCAACUCUGGUCACCAAGUGAAGGUAGAGAAGAGAACUGCUUGUUUGGAAGACAGACCAUGUAUCACCGAAGGAUCAGAGACAGAAAUUGUUACAUCGGUCAAAGGGUGGAUCAACCUAAGACCAUCGUUAGGAAUUGCACCUGUACUCCAGCAGAUUUCGAAUGCGAGUUCAAUUACCGACGAGAUGCCAGCGGGAAUUGUGUUCUCGUCGAAGGCGCUUCACCGCUGUCUAUCGAUACUGAAUACGAACAAUGUGAUGGAACGACCGAUUACUGGUACGAGAGGACCGAAUACCGAAAGAUACCUUACUCAUCUUGUGAAGGUGGUGAGAGACCGGACAGAGGCAAACGACAUGAAUGUCCUGGUUUAAUACUCCGAGGUGGACUUGGUGGAUUAUUCUGGGGCUCGAUAGCCAUCAUUCCAUUUGCAUUCGCUGGUUUGGCCGGCUGGUACUACUGGACCAAAGGGAGUCGACCGGGGGCUAUCCGUCUCGGCGAGCAUCGUGCAUUUGGAGACGAUUCACCUGCAGCUGGUGUAUUGUCUAUCAUCGCUUCCGUACCCAUCUUCCUCAUUGCUCUAGGACAAGAAGGAUGGGCAUGGGUGACGCGGAAAGUUCCAUUCCUCGAUGAUCUCUUCGCUAGUAGGACACCGUAUAGGAGUGUGCCGAUUGAUGAUGACGCUGAAAUAUUAGGUAAUUAUGAAGAUGAUUAG